AUGCACUUGCUUAAGGGAGCUUUACUCGUGCUAUGGCUGCUUUUCGAAACGAGUCCGAUAUUUCCAUCACCUUUCUUAGGAAAAGUUCGUUUGGCUAUUGGCGAAUCUUCUGUUGACUAUGACUUAUGGAGACUGUACCUUGACGUGUUUAAUAAAAGCUACGAGGACAAGGAAGAAGGAUUCCAAAGAUUUGUGAUUUUCACCAAAAACAUCAAGCAUGUGAUGGAGCAUAAUAUUCGUUUUCAGGCUGGAGAGACUACUUACGAAAUGGGAGUCAACCAGUUCUCUGAUAAGACACCAGAGGAGCUCAAAGUUCUACUUGGCCUUCGUCCGAAUCAAAGAAAGGCCCCACGUGGGUCCUUUUACAUGCAGCCGGCUACCCCAUUCGAACUGCCUACCUCGAUUGACUGGAGAGAUAUGGGUGCGGUGACUCCAGUGAAAGACCAAGGACACUGUGGUUCCUGCUGGGCCUUCUCCGCGACUGGGUCACUUGAAGGCCAGAUCUUCCGUAAGAAGAAGCAACUGAUUGGUCUGUCUGAACAGCAAUUGGUCGAUUGCAGCUCUGAUUUUGGCAAUCAGGGAUGUGGCGGGGGUCUGAUGGAUAACGCAUUUGCCUAUAUUAUGACCAAUGGUGGGAUCGAAGGAGAGAAUGACUAUCCUUACAUCUCAGGCACUACAGGACAGGAAAACCCUCAGUGUUUGUUCUCCAAAGACAAGGUGGUGGCAACGACAACCGGCUAUGUCGACAUUUCCCCAGGAAAUGAUACAUCACUUCUUUUGGCCUUAGCGACAACUGGGCCAAUUUCAAUAGGC